AUCUACAUAUGUAAUCUACCUAGGUAUGUAAUGGUCAAUCACAUUACCUAAAGCUUCCGAGUCGCGCAAGGCUAGCUGUCAGGCUGUUCUCAACUUCUCAUCCAAUACCUAACCAAAGCUCGAGUUCUCACAGUUUCUCACAACUCUUCACGACCUCUUCACGAUCCUUUCACGUCACGACAUCCCUUCACAAAAACCUUUCCGACCUACCCAUCGAGAUCGCAACCAAGAUCCGCUGCCCACUUCAUAAUUCAUAACAUCAAGUACGCAUGGCACGAUUCGCGCUCGCGCCUCGUUCUUUCCGGGAAAGGUGAAUGCGAUGAGGUGGCAUAGUAAAAGUUGAAUUCAUCUUCAACGCUUUUGAUACUGCGGGACCCCAAGGUCACGUAAUCACGGCGAAUACCAGGCUAUUUCAGUAAGAGUAGGAGUAGGAGUAGGAGUAGGAUAUCUACAACAGUAUCUGGAAUUACGACAUCAGUUCGCGGUAUCUUAAUCACCGACACCAUGGCAAACCCAUCGUCUAGCAACCAGAAUGGUGUCGCGCCGCACUUCGAGCAGCAAGCCUACCUUCGACCUGAUCCUGGCAUGCAUCAACAGCAACAGAACAAUUCAAAGCCCUUCACUUUGAACGAGGCAUUGCCGUAUACUCCAUUCACAUCGGUCUUUCCUUUUGAACCAGAUAUCAUCAGCAAUCCUACCAUCGGCUCGGGACCUCUUGCGCCUUCGCUCGCUAGUCUUGUCUCUCGAGAAGACUUCGAUGCCCUGAAUAAGGAGGCAGAUAACCCAAAUCACUCUAGACGUGUUGAGGGUAGUCUUGAGUUUGUUCAGCAUCUUCUCAGAGCUGAUAAAACACCCUUUGAAUUUAAGACAGCCCCGAGAAAUAGCCCCCCACUCAAUAAGCCGUUCAAGAAUCUUGCAGAUGGCAUAUCACCGUUUGCGCGGAUGGUCUAUGACAAUACGGCCAUAUUUUUCAAGUCUUCUCCCGAAGCUUUAAACGGUCAUAAUAUGUCACCAGGUGGUGCUAAGAAGUUAUCGCCUAAGGCGCGCAGACAGGAGCUAUCUAAAGUUGUUAAGCACAAUCCUGCCACAACAAAUGUACAGGCCGUCAUGCAGAACAAAUCUCGGAUUGAGGUACACUUGCCAACACGCAAAGAACUGGAUGCAGCACCACCUAUGAAUGCGCCUAUAAAUACGCCUAUGAAUGCACCUAUGAAUGCACCUAUGAAUGCACUUAUGAAUACACCUGCUAUACUACCAUCCCCAGCAGCACAAGUUCAAUCUCAGACUGUUUCGCUUGCAGACCUAAUGGUAACACCAAAGCCACCACCUGUCUCGGCAUCACAAGUCCCGCAACGGUCUCCUUCAUUGGCAACUAGUGUGCCACCCGAAACACCACUGCCAAUGCAUACAGAGAAGGUACCUCAAGCUUCCAGGCCACCAUCCCAUCCAGCACAGCAGAACCAACCUACCACCUCAUCAGCCACUCCUAAACAGGCCAUUAUUAGGGUUGAGCUGCCUGCAGUGAGCUUCAAUAGAGAUGAGUUUGCUGUAGUGCCCGACUCACCCGAUACUCCAACACAUUUAUCUGCCAAGAGGAAACAGGCUAUAUAUGAUGAGUUUGACGAGCCCCUUGGUGGGGUGCUCAACCAGCGCGAGCUCUCCGAUGUGGCUUUUGCGGACCUACGCAGAUGUUUUCAAGAGAUAUUCCUUGCCGAGGACCAAGUGUCAAAUGAGCGUGGUAGUGGUUCCCAUUUAGUUACAUUAACGAAUGAACAGGGAGCGACUUUGACAAUAGCCGCACAUGACAAAGCGCAAAGGCAAAUCAAUAGAGCUAUCAGUCUUGGAUGUUUCCGCCAAGCGCCUUUAGACGAUCUUCUUCGAAUUCAAACACUCAGCGAGGGCUCUUUAAGACAGGCAGAUGCGCUUGACUUCAAGUUAGAUGAGUCGUGGGGUGAAACCGAGGUCGGCUUUUGGCUUCAGCAGCUUCCUGAUAUUGAGGUGGGCCUUAAAGCUACCCGCACAUCACUUCGCAUCAUGUGUGGAGGCCGAGAGGAAAGGCAACUAUAUUCUGAAGACUUGAUCCAGCUAGGUUUGACUCUCUUCCGAAAUGUCAUAGAGGACAUUAUUAUCCCAACUGCCGAGUUGCGAAGUACCGGACCUACAGGCAACUUAUUUCGCCUACUUACGAUGCACAAGAAGGCCCUCAGUACUCUAUUCACCACCUGCCAGAAAGUAUUUACUCUGAUGUCGGAUUUGAUAGUCAGUAUUGACCUUUCCGAGACCGUCGUGCAUACAUUAGAGUUUGUGGCAUCACGUCUCAUCUUUGUCGAGAAUGCGCACACCGAGAAAGACUCGGUGGUCGGUGUCCAAAAGUUCGAUGCUCUUCGUCUUGUCGCCAUGAAUGUUCUGUCACAAAUUUUCUUGAUGAAUCCUCCCCAGCGAGAAGGCAUCUUCAAUGAAAUCCUAACCUCACUCGAAAAAUUGCCAAUUGGUAAGCAAAGUGCCAGGCAGUUCAAGCUAUCGGAAGGGAAAAGUAUUCAACCGGUUUCCGCAUUGAUUAUGCGGCUGAUCCAGUCAAGUGCUGGAAAGGCAGAUGAUCGAAAGGAGAAACUUCGAGGUCGGAUGAUACGGAACUUGGAAGAGGAUGAUGAAAGUGGCACUAAGGAUAUCGUCACUUCUGCUGAAGCUAUGAAUGGGAAGGCAGAAAAUCCUUAUACUAUCCGAACCGAAGAACACGCCGCAGUUCACCACUCAACGGCCAUCCAGGAGCUCCAGACUCUUGCCAAAAUGCUUGCCGGCGAUGCUUACCGCAACGCUAAUUAUGUUAUCAACUUCAUAGUUAAGCGGGCAUUAAGAUCUACAAAGACUGGGGAUACGCCGUAUCGAAACCUACUUGAUUUGUUCAUUGAGGAUUUUACCACGUGCUUAGACUCCCCAGAUUGGCCUGCAGCGGAGCUGCUACUUCAACUUACAAUGCUCAUUAUGGUCCAACAGGCUAGUGGCGACAAAAAUGCAGCGCCGGCCAGGAACAUGGCAUUGGAACUCCUCGGUGUUAUGGCCGCGGCUAUAUCGAAGCUGCGCUCACACGUUCGGAAAACAGCUACCAAUUUUGAGGGAAGUGACGCGGAUGAACUCGGUCGAUGGCUAGCUGAUAUCACUCUCAAUGUUCUCGAGGGCAAUAUGUCAACAGAGAAGACAGUCAGUUGGCUAGGGCCGUAUCGCGUUGUACUAGAAUAUCUCCAGGAUCGCUUGGGUGACGACCCUUACCUGAAAGGUGCUAUAUCCUAUCUAAUUACAGAUUGGGGCUCCCAGGUUGGCCUUGGGUACGAGUCUGAUGCCUGUGAAGAUCUAGAAGAUCGUUUUUCUGAAUUUGGGAGGGUCGCUUUCCGUCUCCGUAAUAUGAUUGAGGAUCCGAAGUGGCUCUCCCGAGAGUAUAGCUUCAAGUCAGUGGUUCCCAACCACGCAAAGCUCUCCUACUCCAUCAUAUUACUCCGAUCAAAUUUCUGCGCGUCAUUUAAGAAAAUCUUAAACAUACUCAUGGGAUCUAUGACGACAGACCAAGCAACUGUGCGAAGCCGUAGUCUCAAGAGUAUUAAUCUCGUGCUUGACACAGAUCCAGCCAUUCUCGAUGGCGACAGUGCAUUCAUCCAGCUUAUUCUCCGAUGUUCUAAUGACUCCUCGCCACAAGUGCGUGAUUCGGCCUUGGGCCUCAUCGGAAAAUGCAUGAGCAUGCGCCCUAAACUAGAGGAGACAAUGACCCCAACAGUCAUCCAGAGAUUCAUCGAUACCGGCGUAGGUGUACGAAAGAGAGCGAUGAAACUGGCUAAAGAUAUCUACUUAGGCAAUGACAGCAAACUGAUUCGCAGCACGAUCGCACAUGGUUUACUGCACCGCACUCAGGAUCCGGAUGAAGGUGUACGAGAACUUGCGAGGCAGAUGAUAGAAGAAGUCUGGAUCUCUCCUUUCUAUAAAGAGGAUGAUUCGGUCGCCUUCAAACAAUCCAUCACAGACCACGUCACCCUUAUGGUCCAAACUGUUAAGCAGGGUAAUACGGCCCUCGUGCUUGACAAGGUCUUCCAGACGAUACUUUCGCCAGAUUCAAAACUCGCCGAGGCUAAUGCGCGAGUCUGCACAAGGCUUGUUGCAAACUUGGUCGACCUCAUCGAUAGUCCUGAGUCUGAUGACCCGUCUGUACCCUCUAGCCGAGAUGCAUUCCAAGUUCUCAUGAUAUUGGCAAAGGCUGACCCUAAAUUAUUCACCUUCGAACAAAUUCGACAACUUGAGCCUCACAUUGCCAGUGUCAGCACGAGUGAGGAUCUGGCGGUUUCAAGGGCUGUAGUUGUCAUCUAUCGUCGAGUGCUGCCACGAGUGUCUAGCGUACAUUCGAAAUUUCUUUCUGAUAUUCGCAAGGCACUCAUGCCUGCAACUUCGAAAGUUACGAGAGCGCUUCUCGACGAUGUGGUGGCCUGCGUCUGGAUCAUCAGCGAACUCCUUCAGACAUCUGAGCCUCUCGCACGUCUCGUUUUAUCAUGCCUCAAGGGGAUCCAAUCGAUGAGCGGCAAGGGUUUACUGGACCGAACGAAGGUUAGGCAAUUUGACAGAUAUUCACUCAUCGUUGGAAUGAUUGGCAAGCAUUGCAAACUAGACAGCCAUGAAGAUCGCUUCAAAUCCGAACCAUACUUGCCAAAGUGGAAGGGCUCUAUAUCGAAACUCAUCAUUGACGUUCUCGCUCCCUUUGCAAGCCCAUCCCAUCCUGUAGAUGUGAGACGACCGGCUUUGGACGCCAUUGGGCUUAUUUGCCAAUCGAACCCGAGAAAUUACGUGUCUGCUAAUGUGUACACGACAUUCCAACAAGCCUUUGAUGAACGCGUUCCGGUUUUAGAGUCGAUGAUCCUUCGAUCGUUCAGAGAAUUCCUUUUGGCAGAGGAAAAGCGAUCCGAACAAGCAGCCUCGUCAGCAAUUACCAACAAGGAUUCCGUUAAGAAGGACCUUAAGGUUAUGGGCAGCACUAGUUUUGACGACGUAGCCAGCGCCACUACUCAGCGGUUCCUCAAAGACAUCACUCGCAUUGCUCUCACAACCUAUGAUGACUACGCGUUUCUGGCCAUGGAGGUGUUGGCGAGUAUCAACCGACAAGGACUAGUACAUCCGAAGGAGACUGGGGUAACCCUCAUCACGCUUGAGACUUGCCCGGUCCCCAAAAUUUCAGAGCUCGCAUAUCACGAACACAGGGCGCUCCAUGAGAAAUAUGAGAGUGUGCUCGAAAGAGAAUAUGCAAAGGCCAUACAGUCAGCUUUUCAGUAUCAACGAGAUGUCAUCAAAGACCCACGAGGCGCAACGGAGAAUCCAUUAACAUCAAAGCUCUAUCUUCUGACCGAAGUGCUGAAGAUUAGCAAAUCUAAGAACCGCGUUAGAUUCCUCGAGAAACUUGUCGGACAAAUUGACUUUGAUCCUGCCAAGCUCGACGUAGAUGAUGGAUCAUCUUCCCAUAUCGAGUUUGCUCGCUUUAUAAUCGAAAAUGUUGCAUUCUUUGAGUAUGUAACUACUGGUGAGCUACAGGCUACGAUUAUUGCCAUGGAGAAACUUGUGACCGCAACAGGAUCCAGCGUCGCCCAAAGUAUCGAGUUUGAAAUUUUCCAAGUACGCAUGGAUCAGAUUCUCAACCCCCAACAACCCAUGGGUGAAGAACAACCUGUAGCCCCGACGCAACCUACUGUGGACCCUCAGCGGCUUCGUCAACUAGCAGCCGGCUCAAACAUUCUUCUUGCUCUAUGGGAAGUGCGCACGUACCUACGGCGAUUGUAUGGGCUCAGCAGCCGGCGUGAAAGCAACAAAGGCAAGGGUGCUUCAAAAGAUCUUGCCAAGCCCCCAGUCAAGGGUCCAGGGAUUAGCGGGGAUAAACUCUGGGAUGACAUUUCGCGAAUCAUGUCUACGAUGGACACCUCAGAGCAUAUGAUCCAGCAGUGCCGAUCUUUUGUAGAACUUUUGAAUGUUGAUAGUGAAGUCAAGGUGCCGGAUGAGGAUGAAGAGCUUGAUUUUGAAGGAGAUCCAACCAGUCCAGAUGCCGAGGAAGAGGAAACGGCGGAGACUGAUUCCCGCGGUCGCAAGAGAAAAGCAGGAGGUGGCCCGGGUGGUCGAAAGAAACGAGCGCGGUCCAAUUCAAAGCCAAGACCUCGAGGCCGGCCGAAGAAACAAAGUAUCGAGACGGUGGAGGUAGACAUGGAUGUCGAUAUGGGGUGGUCCUAAAAUUUGAGGUUCCUCCCUACAGCCUGGGCUUUUUCCCGUGGUACAUACCUAUAUUUUCAUUUCUGCGCUGAUACCCCCGGUCGUGAUAUACGCCAGUCUUAGGCAAGUAUUACAGAGAAAUCAAGGUAUAAGAAAGAGAGGACUGCAUUUACUGCAUGGCAAAGCAGACACGAUAUAAAAGUGCAUGGUAAUCGGCGUUUUGAUGAUAAGGGAAAAGGACAAGGAGUCGACGAUGCAUCUGAGAUUUACGGAGAUUUCCGGGCAUGAGCUGCAGAUAAUGUAGCGGAGAGGCAGGGAGAGGGCGGCUGAUAUUUGUGUCGGAUGGCCGUACAAAUUCGCUUUUUUUUUUCUAUGUGAUGAUACCUCGAUGUUGCUCUAUGUGGCGACCUAUGUACUAUUAGGAUUCAUUUGUUGCUGCUACUCUGUGUUGCUUUUCGCAGCCUGUCUAGGUACAAUACCUACCUAGCCUAGGUACCCACCACCUACCCGAAAGAAAGUAAUAGGGAAUGAUGAUGUGAAUUCCUUGGUGA